AGGCGGUCUUCCGAGCCCACGUGUUUCGCCGAGCAUGGCGGAGGUGAAGGGUUUUGCCAAGGCUGAGCCCGAGGCUUCCGGAGAAGCGCCGCACGCCGACCGCCAUGGCCUGCUGGAGCACAGCCGGGAGUUCUUGGACUUCUUCUGGGACAUCGCGAAACCGCAGCAGGAGACGCGGCUCGAGGCCACGGAGAAGCUGCUGGAGUACUUGCGCACCAGGCCGACGGGUUCGGAGAUGAAAUACGCCCUGAAGCGUCUCAUCACUGGGCUUGGGGUGGGCCGAGAAGCCGCUCGGCCCUGCUACAGCCUGGCUCUGGCACAGCUGUUGCAGUCUUUUGAAAACAUCUCCUUGUGCAGCAUUCUGAAACAGAUAGAAGAAAAAUAUGAUCUGCAAAAAGUGAAGAAGGCAAUGAUGAGACCUGCUCUCUUUGCAAACCUGUUUGGGGUGCUAGCUCUCUUUCAGUCUGGCCGCCUGGUGAAGGACCAGGAGGCUCUGAUGAAGUCCGUGAAGUUACUAAAGAUCCUGACCCACCACUACAACCACCUACAAGGGCAGCCACUGAAGGCCAUAGUGGACAUCCUCUCUGAGGUCCCAGAGACCAUGUUUGAGGAGAUCCUGCCAAAGGUACUCACGGGUGACUUGAAAGUGGUCCUCAGCUCCCCUAAACACCUGGAGCUAUUCCUCUUGGCCCAGCGGAGGGUGCCAGCAAAGCUGGAGUCGCUGAUGGGCUCAGUUGACCUGUUCUCAGAUGAAAAUAUUCCCAGUCUGGUGAAUGUGCUGAAGAUGGCAGCCACCUCUGUGAAGAAGGAGCACAGGCUGCCAGACGUGGCUCUGGACCUGCUCCGCCUGGCACUUAAGGAAGACAAGUUUCCACUGUUCUGGAAGGAGGUUGUGGAGCAAGGGAUGCUGAAGAAGCCAUGCUGGGCAUCCAGCUACCUGUGUUUCCGCCUGCUGGGUGCAUCUCUUCCUCUGCUGUCAGAGGAUCAGCUGAGGCUGGUGAUGCGGGGAGACUUGAUCCGCCAUUUUGGGGAGCACGUGGUCGUUGCUAAGCCUCAAAACCUGUUCAAGUUCAUCCCAGAAAUGAGCAAAUAUGUGGGCACCUUCCUAGAGGGAUGCCGGGAUGACCCUGAGCGGCAGUUCGCCAUGCUGGUGGCCUUCUCUUCCAUCACCAACCAAGGUCUCCCUGUCAUGCCUACCUUCUGGCGUGUCACACGGUUUCUGAAUGCUGAGGCCCUGCAGCGCUAUGUGUCCUGGCUGCGGGACAUGUUCCUCCAGCCUGACCUGGACUCCUUGGUUGACUUCAGCACUACCAACCAGAAGAAAGCACAGGAUGCUUCAUUUAAUGUGCCUGAACGAGCUGCAUUCCGACUGCGGAAAUGGAUUGUACACCGGCUGGUCAGCCUUGUAGACCAUCUGCAUCUAGAGAUGGACGAGGCCUUGGUUGAGCAAGUGGCCAGGUUUUGCCUAUUCCAUGCAUUCUUUAAAACAAAGAAGGCCACACCCCAGAUCCCAGAAACCAAGCAGCUUUUCUCUUUCCCUUUGGACAACCGGACCCGAGAAGUCAUCAUCAGUACCUUCUUCAGCCUGCUGCAGACCCUCAGUGCAAAGUUCAGGCAAACAGACCAGGCCAAAGGUUGGCGGCCCUGGACCUACCGCCUGGUGCAGUUUGCAGACAUCCUGUUGAACCACAACCGCAACGUAGCCAUUGUGACACCCUUCACGAAGCAGCAGCGCCAGGCCUGGGAUGAGAUGCUGAAGACUCUGAAGGAACUGGAGGCCUGCUCCUCAGAGACCAAGGCCACUGCCUUCCAGCACUUGCUGCUGCUGGUAGGCCUCCACCUCUUCAAGUCCCCUACAGAGAGCUGUGACCUCCUAGGUGACAUCCAGACCUGUAUCAAGAAGAGCAUGGAGCAGAAGCCCCGCAGAUCCCGCUCCAAGGCCAACACCUCCCAGGAGCCACCAUGGGUGGAAGUGAUGGUGGAGAUCCUGCUAUCCUUGCUGGCUCAGCCCAGCCACCUGAUACGCCAGGUGGCCCGGAACGUGUUUGGCCACAUCUGCUCCCACCUAACCCCACAUGCCCUGCAGCUGAUCCUGGCUGUGCUCAACCCUGAGACAAAUGAUGAGGAUGAAAAUGUGGUGGUCACUGAUGAUUCCAGUGAGAAGCAGCUGAAGCAUGCAGAGAAGGACGAGGGCUCAGAUAGUGAGGACAGUAAAAACUCAGUGAGUGACAUGGAUAGUGAGGAUGAGGAAGAAAGUGAGGAAGAGGACCGUGAUGAGGAUGUAGACCCGGGCUUCCGCCAGCAGCUGAUGGCCGUACUGCAGUCUGGGAAGGCACUGGGUGGAGAGGACAGUGAAGAUGAGGAGGAACUUGGAGAUGAAGCCAUGAUGGCCCUGGACGAGAACCUCGCCAGCCUAUUUGCUGAGCAAAAGCUGCGUAUCCAGGCCCAGCGAGAAGAGAAAAACAAGCUGCGGAAGGAGAAGACGCUCCGGCGGGACUUCCAGAUACGGGUGCUAGACCUGAUUGAGGUACUGGUGACUAAGCAGCCCGAGAACCCUCUGGUCCUGGAGCUGCUCGAGCCAUUGCUGAGCAUCAUUCAGCGCAGCAUGCGUAGCAGCAGCUCUACCAAGCAGGAGCAGGACCUGCUACAUAAGACAGCCCGCAUCUUCAUGCAGCACUUAUGUCGUGCCCGGCACUACUGCCACAAGGUGGAGCCCUGCACAGAUGCUCUGCAUACCCAGGUGGAGAGGCUGGUACAGCAGGCUGGCACCCAAGCCAAUGCCUCUGUCGCCCUCUACUAUUUCAACGCUUCUCUGUACCUGCUGCGGGUCCUCAAGGGGAACACCAGCAAGAAGUACCAAGACAGCCAGAAGCCACAGGGAGCUGGCACCAAGCCUGAACCGGUGGACUCAGAGCUCUCUCACCAGGCCCAGGCUGCCAACUGCUUGGACUUGAACUUUGUGACCCGGGUGUACUCGGCAGCACUGGAGUCUUUUCUAACCAAGCGUAACAGUCCCCUCACUAUCCCCAUGUUCCUCGGCCUCUUCUCCCGAUAUCCGAUGAUCUGUAAGAGCCUGCUCCCUGUCUUGGUCCCUUAUGUGGCUAGUCCAUCUCGGCCCCGCCAUCAGGCCCAGGCAUGCCUGCUGCUCCAGAAGACCUUAUCUGCAAAGGAGCUGAGAGUAUGUUUUGAGGACCCUGAGUGGGAGCAGCUGAUUGGCCAGGUCCUCGAUAAGGUCACCCAGAUCCUGCACAACCUCGGGGAGGCACAAAGCAAGGCAGAGCACCAGAAAGAGCUCUCCUCCUUGGAGCUGCUCAACACUCUCUUCAAGACCGUCAAUCAUGAGAAGCUGACUGUGGACCUUACUGCUCUCUUGGGCGUGCUGCAGGGCCAGCAGCAGAAGCUGCAGCAAAACCUGCAGCAGGGGAAUCAUUCAUCUGGCUCCAGCCGCCUCCACGACCUCUAUUGGCAGGCCAUGAAGAUGCUAGGAGUCCAGCGCCCCAGGUCAGAGAAGAAGGAUGCCAAGGAUGCCCCUAAUGUUACCCAGAGCCCCAUUAGCACGAAGCAGAAAAAAAAAGGAUUCUUGCCAGAGACCAAGAAGCGAAAGCGCAAAUCCAAGGAUGUCACACCAGAGCAGGAUGUUAUGCCGGAGAAUGCCACGCUUGCUGUCACAGGUGGAGACCAACCUCCCAGCACAGGCAAGAAGAGGAGGAGGAAGAUGAAGGCCCAGGCUCAGGCCCAGGUGAAUGGGACACCUGCCACCAAGAGUCUAGCCUCAAACAAUCUCACCCUAAGCCCCACUACCCCUGCCGAGACCCCAAAACUGCAGAAGAAAAAAGAGAAGUUGUCACAGGUGAAUGGAACCACUCCUGUGUCCCCUAUAGAGCCUGAAGGCAAAAAACAGCAUCAGAAGGCUCUUCCCAUAAAGGAGGUCUUAAACAAGUCCCCCAAGUCUGCCCUGCCUCGGAAAAAGGCAAGGCUGUCUCUGGUCAGCAGGAGCCCCAGCCUGUUACAGAGUGGGGCCAGGAAAAGGAAAGUGGUCAGGAAGAAGGAACAGACUCCCUAAGCAUGUCCUGCCCUCCCCCACCUCCACUAGCCCUAGAGACUCCUAUUUUUUUCACUGAGAUUUUAAUAAACAAGCUGCAGCAUA